UGCCCUCACGCAACCGCACUGCAAUCAACAUCCCGCUACAGACGCGCUCCCUCAUUAUCCUCCACACUCGUCUGCCUACCCAGGUCUGUUUCUACAAUAUUCGGACACGUCUUCCACCAUCUCUCUCUAGGAACACCAUCACGCUACACCCAUCAUAGGGAAAACCUAUCACCACAACUACAAAUCACAAUCAGCAUCACUGCAUCCAGUAAACAAACAAUGGACUUCGCCUACUCGCCGCACCGCGAAGGCGGCACCAUGCAUCUGGCCUCGCCUACGCAUCCCCACUACCGCAUGGAAGGCUUCUCGUCGAUUGAACAGCUUCGGCAAUCUCUGUCUCGUUCGCCCUCGAGACCUUCGCGAUUCCGACUGCGCAACACCGACUCACCUGGUUCGCCAAUCUCGCCACUGGCCCUCGCGCGCGCGUUCUCACCCAAGGCCCUAAAGCACAACACAAACAACCACAACAACAACACCGCCUCGCCAUUCGCCGAGUCACCGCUCGCAGCACAGUCACCCGCCGCAACCACAACAGUAAAGAAGCGAUUUACCCUUCGACGCUCGGCCCCAUUCCGCUCCUCGCCCCGCAACCGCACAACCUCGAAAUCACCGCGACGCGCCUUGGCUGAUUCUGCCGACCACGGCAACACGACUCCCUUCACCACGCGCGCCGCGGUGGGCGAGGAAAACGCAAUGCCGCGACGGUCGAGUGCCGAGAUUUUGGAGCAGGCAGCAACCGAGCAAAAGGCCGCCAUGCGGUUCGAAAUGAACGACCAGCCCAUCGACUUCAAACUUGCGCGAUCGCGCCACGACACCAACGCGCCUGGUGCCAACUGCCUGCUUCCGCCCAAGUCGAGCCCGUUGAAGCGCAGCGACGGAGUCAUGAACUUGGACGCCGCCAGCACUAACAGUCCAGUACCGAAGAGGAGGAGUUUGCACGGCGCGAGUGCCUUCGGUAACACCGAUUUCGACAUCUUCGAUCCUUCCACCACCCCCCGGACAUCGCUGGACGAGCCGAACCGAUCGCUUGAUAACGAGCCCAGUAACAGCUUCUCAUUCUCGUCGCCGAUCGGCAAGACCUCGUCCCCGCUGCGCAAGACUGCAUCGCUCCGAAAGUCGACACUUUCGCAACGUCACGGCGCAGGUGCAGCGCGACCAAAGCCUGCAUACGACGGAGAGUUCAUGCUUCCUGGCCCGGCCGCAUCAAAGACUAGGCAGAGGAUGUCUCUGGACAGCUCGAUCGGUUCCAACUUCAGUGCCGGCGCGCAGACUCCCUUCAGGCGCUCGGUCAACCUCGAAUCUUCGCGCCCCAUGCCACAUCAGCCCUUCUCGAGAAGCCUGAGUGGCCAGCCUCAUCCUCUAUCGAACGCUCUCACUCCGUCAUCGUCCAAUUCAGACAUGAGCUCACCUGCUCGGGGAUUCGCACCUGUACCUCCGCCUGCCCCAAGGCACCACGCCUUCUCUCGUUCUCUCCCAAUCGGAGCCACUCGCCCACAUCUACCAGAGGGCCCUCAUGGAGAGACAUUCGAGACGCCGAUGGCGUACAAGAUGGCCCGGCCCGAUCCUAGUGCGUUCAUGUCGACAGGUCUUCUCUCCAAGAAGAACCGCAACGUUGAGGAGCUGGAGGGAAGCGUCCUUGGUGGAUAUGUCAUGCCCGACACGCCCUCCAAGCGGAAUUCCUUCCCUCCUGUGACUGCUUCACCCACCGUUGAUAGGAUCGAUCGUACUCGAGCAAUCAACUUCGGGAAAUCCACGCAGCACCGCCCCGAGUUUGGCACUCCUAGUACACCCUUCGGCUUCCACGUCCCCCAGACUUCCACAGAAUCAUUCGGAAAGGGAGUGGGUAUCUUUGGAAGCUUCGGCAGCAACCACCAGCGACGCAGCAGCUUUGCUAGCAUUGACGGGGACGAUGUUAACAACUCUCCCUCGGCAAACCGUAUGGCGGACAGCCAAUCUAGUGCAGACGACAUGCCACCCACCCCCACCAAAGGACAUGACGGAUCUGGCCGACGCUCCAAGGAGAGCAGCUUGCGACGUAAGACAUUCCGCCAGCGGACCUCGAUCGGUACAGACACCUUCCUUGCCCCCGAGACCGAGACUUCGACACCCGUCAUUGAUAUCCCGGGAGCAUUCGAGUCACUGAAUGGUUCUCGCAAGGGGGCUAUCUCCCCCCACACCCCGAACGAGACCUCGUUCAUGCCACCCGAUCCAAGCAAGCUUUCCAUCUCUGGGAAUCGCCGCGGAUCGCUUCCCUUUAAUGCCAGCACUAACAGCAAUCUAUCCUUCCCUCCGGCCACACCUACCACCCCACGUGAUCAUACCAACUACUUCGCUAACGGCCAGCCAAACGUUGCUCCAAUGGUAGGCCUGACACAGAAUGAUGUUGAUCAGUCUUUGGCCGAGCGAUUCCAGAGCAUCACCCUCUGUGGCAGUGGCGAAUUCUCAAAGGUCUACCGAGUCGAAAAACCAGUUGGACGAGGAUUGUCCCUGUUGUCGCCGCCAACAAGCCGUGUUUGGGCAGUCAAGAAGUCGAAGAAGCCGUACACUGGCAACCUCGACCGGGAGAAGAAGAUGCGCGAGGUCCACAUCCUCCGCGCACUCAGUGGCCACGACCACAUUCUCUCUCUCUCCGACUCUUGGGAAUUCCAGAAUCACCUCUACAUCCAGACAGAAUUCUGCGAGAAUGGCAACCUGAAAGACUUCUUGGCCUCGGCAGGAUAUAAGAGCCGACUUGACGACUUCCGUAUUUGGAAGAUACUACUGGAGUUGUCACUUGGCGUCAAUUAUAUCCACAGCAACGGAUACAUUCACUUGGACCUGAAGCCUGCCAAUGUCUUCAUUGACUUCCAUGGAUCUUUGAAGAUUGGCGAUUUCGGACUGGCCAGCACGUGGCCUGCUGCUCGUCACAUCGAUGGUGAAGGUGACCGCCACUACCUUGCACCUGAGGCGUUGCAGGGCCGUUACGACAAGCCUGGCGAUGUCUACGCACUCGGAACGAUCAUGUGCGAGAUCGCGGCCAACAUUGUCCUUCCCGAGAACGGAAGCUCUUGGAUGCGUCUCCGAAGCGGCGACUUCUCUGAGCUCCCCAGCCUCGUGUGGAGCUCCGAGAGCAGCCUGAACCGCGACGAGAACGGUGAGCCCAUCGAUGCUGAGAAUGCACUGGGAUCUUCGGAUCUCGCUUGCGUCUCAACACCGGACGAGAACUCUCUCCAAUUCAUCACCGGUCCGUCUGCAGGACUCGACAAGGCCCCCGCCUUCAUGAUCGAGCCAGGCCAUCCCGACUCCCUCGACCGAAUUGCACAGGCCAUGAUGGACCCCGAACCCGACCGACGCCCCACCAUGGAAGAUGUCUACCGUUGCUUCGGCUGCCAAUGGGUCGAGCAACGCACCCGUGCUGGUGCUACGAUCUACGAGGGCAACUGGGGUCCUUCUGACGAUGUCUUGCACCACGAUUUGGCAGAUGCCAUGGAUACCAGCUGAACGUUUUAGUUGGAAUCUGACCCAUUUUCGUCAUCUUGUUCGGAUCUAAGCAUCCCUUUCGGCACAGCACGUUUCGGUUUUGCAAUACACAAGGAGGACCUCGGUUCGAUUUUGGAUUAUGCAUCAGUCGAUCAAUCCACACAGCUUCGGGUGCCAAGUUGGCUGUCACUUUUCGGAGAUACCACAACAUGAGUCUGAUAUACUCGUGUAAGCGAUUGUUGUUUUUAGCGAGCGAUACC